CUCCAGUCCUGCCUUGGCAAAUAAGAGAACCGGCAUCCAGGCUCCUUCAUCUGCCUUUUUAACAAUCUAACAGAAUCACCCAGUCACCACACCUGCUCCCCAGUGUGUCCUGUUUCCUGCAUUGGCCAUGACAGGGUGGAGCUGCCUGGUGACAGGAGCAGGAGGCUUCCUGGGCAAGAGGAUCAUCCAGUUGUUGGUGCAGGAGAAGGAGCUGCAGGAGGUCAGGGCUCUGGAUAAGACCUUCAAACCAGAAACGAGAGAGGCAUUCUCUAAGCUUCAGACAAUGACCAAAGUGACACUUCUGGAGGGAGACAUUCUGGAUCCCCAGUGCCUACAGAGAGCUUGCCAGGGCAUUUCAGUUGUCAUCCACACUGCUGCUGUCAUUGACAUCCUAGGAUCCAUUAACACACAGACCAUCCUGGACAUCAACCUGAAAGGUACUCAGUUCCUGCUGGAGGCCUGUGUACAAGCCAGUGUGCCAGUCUUUAUCUACACCAGCUCAAUUGAGGUAGCUGGGCCCAACUCCUACAAGGAGAUCAUCCAGAAUUCCCACGAGGACGAGCAUCACGAAAGCACGUGGUCUGCUCCCUACCCAUACAGCAAAAAGGUGGCGGAGAAGGCUGUGCUGAAAGCUAAUGGCUGCACGCUGAGAAAUGGUGGCACCCUGCACACUUGUGCCUUGAGAUGCGCCUACAUCUAUGGAGAAGGAAGCCCAUUGUUAUCUUUUGUGGUGAAUAUGGCCCUCAAAAACAAUGGAAUGCUGAAAAGUAUAGGCAAAUUCUCUAGAGCCAACCCAGUCUAUGUUGGCAAUGCAGCCUGGGUCCACAUUCUGGCCACAAGGAGACUGAGGGACCCCAACAAGGCCCCAAACAUUGGAGGACAAUUCUACUACAUCACAGAUGAUACGCCUCACCAAAGCUAUGAUACUUUCCAUUAUACCCUGAGCAAAGAGAGGGGCCUUUGCCUUGAUUCCACCUUGAACCUCCCUCUCUCUCUAAUGUACUUUCUUGCUUUCCUGCUGGAAAUCGUGAGCUUCCUGCUCCGUCCAAUUUACAAAUUUCAACCCCCCAUUAACCGCCACUUAUUGACAAUAUUAAAUAGUGUGUUCACCUUCUCCUACAAGAAAGCUCAGCAAGACUUUGGGUACGAGCCAUGCUUCAGUUGGGAGGAAGCCAAGCAGAACACGGGAGAGUGGAUCAAUUCACUAGUGCAACAGCACAAGGGGACUCUGAAGACAGACUCAGAUGCGCCAUCACAAGAACGUAGCCAUGAAUGAUGCCUGAAGCUGUCUCUCCAGCCCUCCCUCUGUUAACUGGAAAAAGUGACUGAGGUAGAUACACAGGCUCUACUGACUCCUUUUGAAACAGUGGCCACCAUGAGCUUCCCUGCUUACUAGCACAGCCAGAAGAUUUCUGGCAUAAUCGUGAAACAAGUAAAAAUAAGCUGCUUUGUAUCUGUAUCUGCUUUGUCCCCUUUGAUGGUAUGAAUCAUUUCAGUGGUUCCAUUUUCCCUCUCCAGUGUCAAAUUAUUUCUUUUCUUUGAAAAUCUCCCAUUCCUUCACAAAGCUCAAUGAAAAGAACAAUAAAUGUUUUAAGAUUAAUAUAGA